CUGCAUAGUUAGUUUACAUUUGUGCUUUAUGUAAGUCGGAUGUGUUAAAGUGAUUUGCAUUUCUAAAAAGGCAAGACUGCAGCUAUAAUCCACUCAAAAAUUUGAAACCGGGUUCGUCAGUUUUGCAGGCAGUGACUUUUUGUUCAACUUUUUUGGCAACAUUUUCAAGCGUAUUCCAUAGUUGGAAUUUGUGAAAUUGUGCUUACAUAUUAGACGAGGAGGCGCACAAGAACUCAUUAAACCUUUCUAGCCAUGGGAAUUUUCAGUGGUUUUAAUUAAACUUAAAGGAAGUAAUGAAACUUUGUUGCUAUUUCAUAACCCAAAACUGAGUUAGUCUAAUUCUUAAUUCUUAUUGGGUCACCACAAUUCACAGCACGCUCAGGUGAAGUGUACACUUAAUUUACAUCACCCAUGACGGAAAUUGCGUAAAAGUUAAAAUGUUAAACGAAAUGACAUUAAUCUAACCAUUAUUGUUCUCAAAAUAGUUUCGCGAUAGAAUUAAGUGUUACAUAAGUAGUAUGAAUAUCUGCAAGGAAUAAAUCAAGAAAUGGCCAGCGAUUACGAGCGAAUAAAGUGCAUCUGUGUCAAAAGAGGUGAUCUGUGGGAGGAUCCAGACUUUCCAGCAGUACAAAAUUCUGUGUUUUACCAUCAAACGCCUCCAUUUCAGUUUGUGUGGAAACGACCAAAGGAACUUUGUAGCAGCCCCAUCUUUAUACCAAAUUCUAGUCCGAACUACGAAAUUAUACCGGGAAAAUUGGGAGAUAACUGGUUGGUCUCCUGCCUUGGUGUUUUAUGGUUAUCGAGAGAACUAUUUCACCGCGUUGUUCCCGCGGAUCAGACGUUCGCGGAUAAAAACAUUGUAAAGUGCAGUGACGACUAUGGAGGCGUGUUCCGAUUUCGUUUGUGGUGGUGCGGCGACUGGAGAGAGGUUUUGGUUGACGAUCGACUCCCCACAGUCAAUGGACGGCUUGUCUUCCUCCAGUCACAACAAAACGACGUUUUCUGGGCGUCACUCUUGGAGAAAGCAUAUGCCAAAUUACACGGAUCGUACGAGGCCUUAAAAUAUGGGACUUCGUUGGACGGAUUUUCCGACCUGACUGGUGGCAUCACGGAGUCAAUCCCCCUGCGACAAGACCCCACUUCGUGCAGCAGACUUUUGAACAAGUUGUUGCAGAUGACGUCCAUCAUCACUGUUUCCGUUCGUCAGUCGUCGCAUCAGAAUGGAGGUGCAGAAAAGUUGGCAAACGGAAUUCAGUUUGGAGUUAACUAUCGUCUUUAUGAGGUUCAAAAGAUUGAAACUCUGAGUGGAGAAGGGGUUCAAUUAAUUCGCCUUCGAGGGUCCGGAUUGGUCAGUGAAUUUAUCGGCAGUUGGUCGAAAACGUCCACAGAAUGGGCGCAAGUGUCUGCUAUCGAUCAACAGAUCUUACAAAUCAAGUCGCUAGCCCAAGGAGAGUUUUGGAUGCCUUAUGGAGAUUUUUUGAAAACGUUCACUCACAUGGAAGUAGUUCACUUGGACCACGAAACAAGCAAGGACGAGGUUUCUCUAAAUAACAAAACGCCGUGGCAUGUAAAGCAGUUUCAGGGGGCUUGGAUGCGUGGCGUAACGGCUGGAGGAUGUAGAAACAACACUGACACUUUUCACAUCAACCCUCAACUGCACCUGCUGGUCACAGAAAUGGAAGAGGUGGUUCUUUCUCUCAAUCAACAUGCCAUAAUGGACCCCAAGGUUAUUGGAUUCACGGUCUAUCCACUACCCAAAUUAAAUUCGGAUUCAAUUGGGAAAAGUUUUUUCAAAAAGAAUAAAAGCUUGACAAAUUCACAGUACACCAACAGUCGACAAGUCAGUCAAAGAUGUCAACUUGGAGAAGGAGGUGGUUAUUAUCUCGUGAUUCCAACAACUUUUGAGCCGGCUCAAGAAACAUCCUUCACUUUCCGGGUUUAUUCUGCAAAUACCAUUAAACUCAGAUUGAUCGAUACAACACCUUGCGUCAAAAAAUCGGCGAUUCUUAAGUCUGCUACGUCAUGCCAGGAAACAAAGAAUUUUCAACAGUAUGAAGCAGUUUUUCAACAGUUGAGUGAUGAGCACAGGACAAUCAGCUCUUUCGAUUUGCAAGAAUUGCUUGAAGCUGUACUACCGAACGACUACAUCAAAAGCUGUGCGACCUUGGAAGUAUGCAGACAAGUUGUACUUGCCAUGGAUAAAACUGGACUAGGACGCUUAAAGUUUCAGCAAUUUAAAGAACUCAUGUUUAGUUUAAAGUCUUGGCAGAACGCUUUUAAAAAUCAUACGAAAGAAAAGCACGGAGUACUCAAAGGAGAAAGACUUAGAGACGCUUUGACCGAUGUUGGGUUUCAACUAAACAACGACAUAUUGUCCGUACUUGUUCUUCGAUUCAUGAGGAAAGAUGGAACUAUGCGCUUUGGAGACUUUGUGGGAUCAAUCCUACAUUUAACGGUGGCAUUUGCAAACUACGAUAAAAAAGACCCAUUGCUCAAUGGCCACAUCAAACUGACAUUGUCCGAGUGGCUUAAGCUGUCUCUGAUGUGCUGAUAAACCAACGUACAACAAUUGAUUUUUAACCCAUAUGAAGUCGUCUUACCCUGUUUCUCUUUAACUUCUUAUGAUUAGCUUGUGAAACAACGUACAAUAAAACAAAUCAUUAAACAAAU